UGUGUUGCUCAAUGUUUUUGUUUUAGCUACCCCGCCGCUGUUUCCUGCUGGCAAGUUAACUCAAAAUGGAAAUGAGAGGGUCGACAGUUUGUGUUAUAUUAUUUCUUUUUGUCUCGGCUACUCGCACAGAGUCGUCAACUGGGCAGCUGAAUACGGAAAACAUCCUUAUUAACGUGACAGCGGGGACACUGGCAGAUGCACAGCUGCAAGAUUCUAACAACCUACAGAUAAAUUUAAACAUAUCGGUGGGUGAAGAGCAGGUGCUGGUCAAUGACGUCCCAGUGGAGCUGUCAGGGGUCACUCGGUUCAACUGCCAAGCGCUUCUCUUGGACAGUGUCAAUGGAAGCAGCGAGUUUGAGUCUGGGGACUUGGUGUCCACCGUCACCCGGGUGAUGGUGAGCCAGAAUAGGCUGUACAGCAGCUCAGAGGAGGUGUUGGCUCUUCAGGUCUUCAGUGAAGUGAUAGAGAUGGAUGGCAAAGAGGUCCAGCAGCCUGACAUGUGUGAGGUGAAAAUACUGAUGAGCCCAGAUUUCCAGAAGCUGGCUCAGUUCACCAACAUCUACCCCAUCGGACACAGUGAGAUCUUCAGGAUUCCCAGAGAAAAUGAUGUGGUUGUCACAGAUCCACCGAAUUCUAGAACAGAUGAAGAGCAACUGAUCUCUCAGACCACCAGCCAGUAUCCUCUGAAGCACACAGAGACCACCCGGGAAGAGAUCGCAGCCCCUGGAAAGCUCCCAGAGACCCCCCUGCGUAUGGACCCCGACUUGCUGUAUGAUGUCAGAUUUGAUGAUGAACUUGAUGACAGUUACCCGAGCCAGCCCGAUCAGAAUCAGAUGGAAACUCCACCCAACGAAUUCAUAUCAUCUUACUCUGCCAUGUGUCAGUGGGUAGAGCAAACCAGGGAGCGACUGCGGCGCUUCUGCUCCGAAUCCCUGCCUGUCUUCUUCCUGGUUAUGUGGGUGGUGGUGGUCGGCGUUGUCGGAUCGGCAGUCGUCGUCAAAAUCUUAGACGUGUUCUUCCCAACUUGUGAACAGAAGCACAUUUUUCAUGUAAACCCCAUCCCUGUGAUGCCAGAGGAUGAAAAGCACAAUCUGUUAGAGAACAUGGAAAUAGAAGUAGAGGAAGAAGAGAAGAAGCCUUGAAUGAAGACUGACUCGACCAGCUCCUCCAGUUUGUUCCUAUUUGUUCUUUGAGCUGCGGUUUGGCAUGGCCUGGUUUUGUUCUGAUCUGUGAAGCACCGCAGCUUUCCAUGUCACUUUACGCUUUCAUGAUCUUUUCAUUAGCCACAAAACAGAAGCUAAGUUAAUGUUAGUUUAGGCCAAUCCCUCAAAAUUGGGAACAAAGGGAGUGAUUUGUAGUGCUGAAUCUCCUCAUGAUACGAUGAGAUUUAAGUGCGGAAAGCUUACAGUUACAUUACCAGGAGCUACAAGGUCCAAAACAUUAUUAAAUGAGCUGAAUGUCUGUUUCAAACCUUCAAACCUAAACAACAGCAACUUGUGGUUUUAGGGACUGCUUAGGCUUCAUUUGUAGUACUGCUUUAAAUCUGCCCUGUGGCUGCAGCCCCUGCGCCCUGUGAAACAGUCUGCCAUGCACCUGCCCACAAAUGUUACACACGUCACCGACACACAGACCUCAACAACUGUAACGGGUCUGUUUGGUAGUCGUAAAACAGUUCAGCUCAACCAGUUCCCACAUUUUCUGUCUUCCCUUGUAGCCGCGAUGUGAUCAACUCAGUAUUAAAACCUUUACCACCAGGGGGCAGUGUUUUACCAGUGGGUGUGUAGAAAUGUUUUUCAGGGUGUGAUCCUUUUGGAAAAUCUCCCCAUUUCCUCAAGAGGCUUUGCCUGCUCCCAGGCUGAUAAUUUGGCAGUGCAGUUUAGGGUAGAUUCAGGUUUAAAGGAAUAAACUAGAUGCAGUGGGCUUAACCUAGAAGGAUGGACAAACUGAGCAUUUUAGGAACUGCACUGAAGCACUUAAGAAUUCCCUGAAAACACUCUGUGUAUUUAGCAGUUCUUUACAGCCCAUAUUUUUGUUAGCCUUAUAUAUGUUUUUUUGUCCUCCAGAAUUCUUCCCCUACAACUGGAAAAAUGAAGACGCCUCUAAGUGCACUAAAUACUUUAUAUAUAUUUAAAAUUAAACUGAGGCAAAGACGCGAUGGUUGCUUACAUCUGCUGCUUUAGAAAUGUCUGAGGAAUUAAUAAAGAAAGACAAAGCGAUGCAGAUUACUGUGUCAGAUUCUCCCAUUUCUGGGUCUCCCUUUGACUGCAUUUAUUGAGGUUCAUCUGUUGAUUGUCUUUUUUCCCCCCACUGUGCCUCAGUUUCUUUUAUAGGGAUUCUUUGAUGGGAAGGAGGAAUAUGCGGUCUACUUCAAUCGGAUUUGUGUGUGGCUUCCCUUUACUAAUAUUGGAGAAUGUCAGUGAAGUUGUUCAGAAUGUCUAUGCACUCUACAAAUAUCAAACUACUACGAGUAGACUGAUGUAAUAAGACUUGAUCACAAUUUCAGUGUGUAAAUUGUUGUUGAAAGAACAAAUCUGCAUGUCCUCACUAUCACGUCAGUGGCCUGUACUGCACAGUAGCUGUUAUCUGUGGCUUCACUUACCCCGAGAUCAGCAGUCACACAAAGGUGGUUACCAGCUGGGUGCAGAUGACUUCAUGUCAUGGUGACGUGAAUAUUUUCCAAAAAAAAA